AUCUCUUGCACUGCUAUGAAGUUAUUCCUGAAAGUGCUGUGUGCAAGCUUUAUUUUGAUUUGGAAUUUAACAAACCUGCCAAUCCAGGAGCUGACGGGAAAAAGAUGGUUGCAUUACUCAUUGAGCACUGAUGAAAAAUUUAGCCGCCAUCUGAUAUUUCAGCUCCAUGACGUGGCAUUUAAAGAUAACAUCCAUGUUGGUAAUUUUGUGAGAACAAUUUUGCAGCCUGCUCUUCAGUUGAUUGCCAGUGAAGAUGACGAUAGCAUUUCAGAGACAGUGGACCAGGGAUUUUCCCACUUUUCUGAAGCACCAACAAAACAAGGGGCUUCGUGUAACAAAAUGUCCCCAGAUAAGGACACAGGAGAGAGCUGGACAUUGAAUUCAGAGAAGCUGAGGCAGCUGGGAUCAGCGAAGCAAAGCGAUCCUGAUCUUUCAUUUUUAGUUGUGAAGAAUAAUGUGGGAGAAAAGCAUCUUUUUGUAGAUCUAGGAGUUUAUACAAGAAAUAGAAACUUCCGGCUGUAUAAGUCAUCAAAACUAGGAAAGCAUGUGGCUUUGGAGAUUGCUGAAGAUAACAAAUUCUUUCCUAAACAAUCAAAAACGAUUCCUGAAGAAAACCAGUAUUUCCUCUCUUCUUUGGUAUGCAAUGUCAGAUUCUCAGAUACUUUACGAAUUCUAACAUGUGACACACCUCAGAAUAAAAGAAAGCGAAUGAAGCACUUUAAUAGUACCAGCCCUUCAGUAGGAACCAUCGAAGGUUUUCAGUGUUCACCCUACCCUGAAGUCGAUCAGUUUGUUCUUUCCUUGGUGACUAAAAAUGACAUUAAAGGAGGAAUUAGGCGUUGGAGCUACUUUUUCCCAGAACAGUUGUUGGUUUAUGAUAUUUUCAAAUAUCGCUGGUGUGAGAACAUUGGAAGAGCCCACAAGAGUAAUAACAUCAUGAUUCUGGUUGAUCUGAAAAAUGAAGUUUGGUAUCAAAAAUGUCAUGAUCCUAUAUGUAAAGCAGAAAACUUCAAAACUGACUGUUUGCCAUUACCUGCUGAAGUGUGUCUUUUGUUUCUUUUCAAAGAGGAAGAAGAAUUUACAACAGAUGAAACUAGGAACCAUGAAACCACGAGCCCUCAUAAACCAUCCCCAGGUGCAUCCUCUGACCCUGGCUGGGACAAUGGCAUGGAUGAUGCUUGCUUUUUAGAAGCCACUGAAGAUGCUGAAUUAGCAGAGGCUGCAGAGAGCAGUCUUCUGCGUCACAGUAGUGGAGUGGAUGAGAUUCCUGAUGACCUCAUUAUGGAAGUAUUACAAGAGUAGCCAACUGUGGACAUUACAUAAGCAGCUGUAAUCUGCGAGAUUUGUAACAAAAAAUUAUAUUCAGUCUGUCAAAUGUUACUUGGAAAAUAAUGUAAGUAAAUCAAUUUUAUUGGAAAUUAACUGUAGUAUUUAGUCUAUGUUCACAUUGUCUUAAUUUUACAGGUUAAAACAUACAUGUUUGGGGCUGAUUCAGAUAGGGUUUCAACAUUUUUAAAUUACUCAAGACAUUAUCCUAAAAGGAUCAUGGCCUCUAAAACUAUUAAUCAGUACUAAAUCCUGGGGACUGGACCCUACUUGUUUUCAGAGGCCGCAGGGGAGUAAGUUGGCACAUUUCAGUACGGCUGUCUCCUCAGUGCUG